GGCAUCAGACCCUCUAAGCUAGUGAGGCUCCUUCAUCCACAGCAGAGGACAGAAGAAGAAGAAGACGAGCAGAAGGAGAAGAAGAAGAAGAGGAAAAGAAAAAGGUGUUGUUAUCAGUCCGCUGCUCACCAUGCUGAACCCGCAGAGGUCUCUGUCCGAGCUGCCCAAGAUGUCCGCGGCCAGUCAGGUGGAGAGAGCCGUACUGGAGGAGGAAUUCAACUGGCUGCUUAAAGAGGAAGUCCACGCUGUCCUGAAGCAGCUCCAGGAUGUCCUCAAGGAGGCAUCUAGACGUUUCUCAACGCCGACACCAGGUCUGGAGAGUCAGCUCAAGCAGGAAAACUUCAUCCUCGGCAGCUCAACCAUGGAUCAGGUGAAGGGGGUGCUAACUCUGCAGGGAGAGGCUCUGAGUCAGGCUGACAUAAAUCUGAAGGUUGCCAAAAGUAGCCAGGUGCUGCACUUUCAGUUCAGAGAGGACAAGCAGUGGAAGCUGCAGCAGAUCCAGGAUGCCAGGAACCAUGUGAACCAGGCUCUGCAGCUGCUGAACAGCCGUGAUGAGAGCUACCACUUCCAGACAGGGGCUGAGGUCAAUAAGCUCAUGGAUGCAGUGAUGCUGCAGCUGACGCGAGCACGAAACCGCCUCACCACCCCCGCCUCCAUGACGCUCCCUGAGCUGGCCACCAGUGGUCUAAUGAAAAUGUUCACUCCUCCCAUGCCUGGAGAUGUGAUGGUGAACUUUUACAUCAACUUGAGCAAACUGUGUCUGACGGUCUACCAACUCCAUGUGCUUCCCCCCAACACCACCAAGAAUUUUAAACCAGCUGGAAGUUCAGUGUUGCACAACCCUGGAGCAAUGUUUGAGCUCAACCACAACCGUUUUGAGGUGAGCCAUGUUCACAAGGUGGAGUGUGUGGUGCCUUGGCUCAACGAUACGCUGGUGUUCUUCACCAUCUCCCUGCAGCUCUGUCAACAGCUUAAGGACAAGAUAUCAGUCUUCUCUAGUUUCUGGAACUACAGACCCUUCUAAUCCUCCUCAAGUCAAUCCUCCAAUCUAGUAUAAGGGACAUCCUGUGAAGGUUUUUUUUUGUAUAUGUUGUUCACCCCCUCAUUCACUCUAAGGCGUUGCAUGAAUAGGCGAGGGAGCCAAUCACAUUUUAACAGAUGUCAUUAUUUGCCAUUUCCCACAUUGCAUCUUACAGCACUGACUUGAACUUCGGAAAGAACGAAUGUUGUUGUUGAUUUAUCAGUAGAAUUUUUUGUUACAAUCAAGCUAUGUAAUACUAAGUAUUUAUCCCAAAGUUUUCAUGUGAACUGUUGUGUGGAAAGUUAAUGUGUGUAAUCAGGGUUGGAAAACUUAGAAGAACAGUAAGAAGUUAUGGCUCACAGCAGGAGUUUUUUCUUGAAAUGUUUAUUAUUUCCUUAAUUUUCCCCCAACAUUUUGACACUCCCAUGUGAGACACAUGGUCAUAAAGAUGACAUAAAGAGGCUCCAAACAUAUUUACUCAGUCAGCUACUCUGGUGGUUCUCACUUCUAUAAAGUCUUUUCUCUGGUCAGAAUUAUUUGAUGAGUUUCCAAAUGCACAGAGUUUUCAAAACCCCUUGUUUCGGUUUCUUCUCACACAGAAAACUCCAAGUGAACCAAAAUGCAUCUCUACAAACCAUGUGACAAUCCUCACUCCUUUUAUUGGGCUGCUAGAGUGUGUGUGCUUUGCCACAUCACAGAAUGCAAAGCACAUCUGGCUACAGAAGCCGAUGAGGCAUUUUGAAACUUUCUGGAAAACUACAUUGAUAGAAUAUCAAUGUGUACAAAUUGUGCCCGGGUACUGGUCAUGGUCAACACCCUGGAGUGAUCCAGUUAAAGGAAAAUGUCAACAUUUAGUGAAAUCCUGGAGUUAGUUCAGUUUGAUUCUUCUCUCAUGCCUUUUAACUAUUGAGCUAUUUUAACAGGGAAUAACUUGACUCUGGAUUUUAUUGUACUUUCACUAAUCGGGACAUUCGAGUAGAGUUCAAUAAGUUGUUCAAUUAUCAAUGCAAGGUGUGUCAUUGGAUCCUUAAAUAUUGUGAAGACAAAAUAAAACAAUUCUGUGAGGAGACACAAAAGUAUUGUGAAAACAUUCCCCAUCGUGAGCUCUGAUGGGAUUAAAAUCAGUCCUUUACAGUCACUGUUAAGCUAAUAGUCAUGUCUGUGAUUUCAAGUGUUUGUCUGUUCUGUGAUCAUAUUUAUUUCACAUAUUUUGCACAAUUUAUUGAUUCCAUGUGAACCAAACACUAAUCUAAUUAUGAGCAAAUGACUUCAUUCCAGUAAGUGUUAUUCUCUAUUUUGAAAAGUUGUUUAUCAUAUCAACUAUUAAAUGAUUUUUCUGUGCAAUAAAAUAUUCAGAACACUAAUAUGUC